AUGCUCUACGCUACCGCCGCCCUCCUCCUCGCCACCGCCGCCCAGGCCAUCUCGAUCACCUCGCCCACCAACGAGACCACGGUCACUGCUGGCGUCGCCAUCGACAUCACCUGGUCGUCCGUCUCGACCGACCCCUCGUCGUUUGAGAUUGUCCUCCAGACUCCUUCCACCUCGAGCAUCUCGACCACCACCAUCACCGACGACGUCGAGACCUCGGCCGGCUCGUACUCGUACACCCCCUCGUCGGACCUCGAGGGCGAGAACUACCGCAUCAACUUCCUCAACUCGACCACCUCGGCCAUCCUUGCCCAGUCGGACUACUUCACCAUUGAGGCUGGCUCCGCCACUGCCUCGUCGUCGUCCACCAGCGGUUCGUCGACCUCCAGCGGCGCCUCGACCUCCACUGGUGCGUCGACCACCGCCAGCGGCACCUCGGCUGCCACCACCUCGGUCGUUGCCUCCGGCACCAGCUCCAACUCGUCGUCUACCGACUCUGCCGCUGCCAGCUCGAGCUCCACUGCCAAGUCGGGUGCCAUCAAGGUCGCCCCCUCGCUCGCCCUUGUCGCCGGCGCCAUCGCCGCCUACGUCCUCUAA